UAGUUAUCUAAUUUGAUGCUUCGGAAGACUUUGAGAUGUGGUCAAGUGAAAAAUUCCCUCCACUCCAUUCCCCAAUAUAAUACCACAUGCAGGGCAUGCCCUGCUGGUGAGUAUGCCUGGAAACAUAAUUGGGUUACCCUAUUAUUAUUUUAUCUGGCAUAACUAUAAAUAUUAUUGAUAACCACUCAUAUUUCCAAACACAUUUUAAGGCAUCUGAGCACAGUACUGGGUGAUGGGAGUUCUGGAGUUAUAAUCUCAGUCUUGAUACUUCCUUCAUGUUCUGAAGUGUCUGCUUUACCUCUGUCAUUGCUUUUUUCCCAUUUGUAAAUUGGGAAUACUUCCCUACUUCACAGGGGUGUGUUAGAAGCACUUUAUAUUUAACUAUCAACUUUAACCAAAAUAGCUGCUUCUGACUCCCCUUAGUAGCAUGUGCUGAAGGCUGUCUAUAGUACAUAAAGCAGUUCCCUUUUUGUUGUUUCUAAAUGUAAUACCUUUAAUGUCACAUGUCCUAGGUGUGGCAGCAGCCACCUGACUUUGCAUAUUUGUGGUUUUCACACCUGAUCCUUUAACAUGGCACAUCAUAUGUGUGCCCCUUGUUCAAUUUGUUCGUUCUCUUUUACAAAUCACAUUUUUGAAUAUUGUGCUAAUGAAAAAUACUGAAUUUGACACCUCUAGAGCAUGACAUUCUUUCAUAGAAAGCACAAUUAGCUCAUGGAUGUCACUAAGGCCAAGAGCACGGUGGGUUUCAAAAUAGUUGGAUAUGUACAUGGGUAUUCUUAAUAUCCAGAGUCAAAAGUUUUUAUUUAUUUAUUUUUUUAAUAUUUACUAAGUUUUGGAAGGGGUAUAUUUCAGUGCCAAAGCCAACCCUCAAGCUAUGGAACAAUUAGCAGGAAACCUUGCAAGGGGGCAGGUUAUCCCAUAACUGCUUACUGCAGAUUUUCUUGCACCUCCUCUGAAGCCUCUGGAAAUAGCCACUGUCUCUCAGGACAAUGGACUAGAUAGACCACUAGUCUGAUUAAUUUCAAUUGCUAUGCCUGCAGUACAGGGAGAACAUUGACAGUGUUCAGUCAAGCUUCCCAUGUACAUCAGUCCUAUCUAUUUUCUGUAUCUCUGAUGCAGGGAAUAACCAUGCCAAGGGAGGGAAGUUCAGUUGGUCAAUUCAGUCCUUGUGCUUUCUGCUGAGACUGCCCAUAAGGAUAAUUUGUGAUUUGUUUAGAGAUAGGCACUUGCUUGCUAAGAUCUGGGUUAAGACUCCCCAAGAGGGAAAUAUGCAUUUUUGUAUACAAACCUGGGGUUGUAUUGGAACCAGUAACCUAGAGGAGAAAGACUUCAUAUCACAGCCACAAUCCCCCAAACCCAUGUAGACUCCUUUGAAUUUCUUUAGUUUUAAUAAUUUAAAGAAAAACUAGACUUGAGAUCUAGUCAGUUUUACAAAACAUGUUAAUAGUUCUUUUCAAAAGCUAUCGUCUCCACUGCAUCCCCUGGUAACCUUUUUUUUUUUAAAAACACUUUCUCUCCCCUGUUGCAGUGUGAAAGACAAAUAGAGUAUCUGGCUGUAGAUGGGGAAACUGACUAAAUACCCAGAGUGCUGUUAAAUGCACAAAAUGGGACUGAAUAUGGUCUGAGUGAGGCAGAUAUGGAAGCAUCCUAUGCCACAGUGAAGAGCAUGGCAGAGCAGCUUGAGGCAGAUGUGAUACUUCUGCGGGAGCACCAGGAGGCAGGGGGCAAGGUGCGCGACUACCUUGUUCGGAAACGUGUGGGUGACAACGACUUCCUGGAGGUCAGGGUAGCAGUGGUGGGCAACGUGGAUGCAGGAAAGAGCACAUUGCUGGGUGUCCUGACGCAUGGUGAGCUGGACAAUGGCCGGGGCUUUGCACGGCAAAAGCUCUUCCGCCACAAGCAUGAGAUCGAGUCGGGUCGUACCAGCAGUGUGGGCAAUGACAUCUUGGGCUUUGACAGUGAGGGCAAUGUGGUGAACAAGCCUGACAGCCAUGGUGGCAGCCUGGAGUGGACCAAAAUCUGUGAGAAAUCCACCAAGGUCAUCACUUUCAUUGACUUGGCUGGGCAUGAGAAGUACCUGAAGACCACAGUGUUUGGCAUGACUGGUCACCUACCAGAUUUCUGCAUGCUUAUGGUUGGCAGCAAUGCUGGGAUUGUUGGGAUGACCAAGGAGCACCUGGGCCUAGCGCUGGCACUCAAUGUUCCAGUCUUUGUCGUGGUGACAAAAAUCGACAUGUGUCCUGCCAACAUCCUGCAAGAAACUCUGAAGCUGUUACAGCGACUUCUGAAGUCCCCAGGGUGCAGGAAGAUCCCGGUGCUGGUUCAGAGCAAAGAUGAUGUCAUUGUAACAGCCUCCAACUUCAGCUCAGAGAGGAUGUGCCCAAUUUUCCAGAUUUCCAAUGUCACUGGUGAGAAUCUGGAGUUGCUUAAGAUGUUUCUCAAUCUCCUUUCUCCCCGAACAAGUUACAGGGAGGAAGAGCCAGCAGAAUUUCAGAUAGACGACACUUACUCUGUACCGGGUGUGGGAACAGUUGUGUCUGGGACAACCUUGAGAGGCCUGAUCAAGCUAAAUGACACUUUGCUUCUGGGUCCAGACCCCUUGGGCAACUUCCUGACCAUUGCUGUCAAGUCCAUCCACCGCAAACGCAUGCCUGUGAAGGAGGUGCGUGGUGGCCAGACUGCCUCCUUUGCUCUGAAAAAGAUCAAGCGUUCCUCCAUCCGGAAAGGCAUGGUGAUGGUGUCCUGCCGGUUGAAUCCACAAGCAUCCUGGGAAUUUGAAGCAGAGAUUCUGGUGCUGCAUCAUCCCACCACCAUCAGCCCACGCUAUCAGGCCAUGGUGCAUUGUGGCAGUAUCCGCCAGACAGCCACUAUCCUCAGCAUGGACAAGGACUGCCUACGGACAGGGGACAAAGCUACAGUGCACUUCCGCUUCAUCAAGACCCCUGAAUACUUGCAUAUAGACCAGCGGCUGGUCUUUCGUGAGGGCCGUACCAAAGCAGUGGGUACUAUCACCAAGUUACUCCAGACCACCAACAACUCUCCAAUGAACUCCAAGCCCCAGCAGAUCAAGAUGCAGUCAACAAAAAAGGGACCCCUUACGAAACGAGAGGAUGGUGUGCCCCAGAGUGGGACAGCAGCUGGGGGGGCCCUGGUGGGGGAUGAUGCCACCUCAUCCGGAGCAACACCAGCAGUACCUUCUAGUGCCCUGCAAGCACAGACUGCACUGGAUGAAGAGCCCCACAACCGAGAGGGCAAUAAGUCGAAGGUUGGAGGAGGGGGCCGGCGACGUGGGGGCCAACGCCAUAAAGUGAAGUCUCAGGGGGCUUGUGUGACUCCCGCCAGUGGCUGCUGAAUAUCUUUUUCCCCCACCCUCUGAGGAAUUCUCCCCCUCCCUCCAUUUCUUAGCCAAGACGUCCAGAGCAGCUUAAACCAAAACCCAUCCAGCUGAUCUGCUGCAGAAGAACCUUCCCUCCCAAGGAAUGACAGAGGGGUUGUAACUUAUAAUAAGCUAAUGAAGGUGACAAGACUCGUGGAACUGAUCGACUGACACCUCCCUCUACCCCAACACACUUUUGUACAACCUGGGCUCUUAGUCUUUAUUAUAUUAUGUGUGCAUGAAGAUGAGAGGAAAAUCCAGAUAUAUUGGAGAAGAGCCAUUUGGCUGCUUCCCUUUCCCCAUCUGGUCUUGUCUGUUUAACCUUCUACACUGUCCCCAGUCCAUUGGCAUUAGAAGACCUGAAAUUCCAGGGUUAAAAUGUGCUGAAUGGUGGGUGGUUAUAGGGGGCAGCAAUUCCUCACUCUCCGGAAAGGUGCCAAAUGAGUUCUGGACUCUCCCGGUCUUAAACUGUUUUUUAAAUGGGUUAAUUUUAAUGUGGCAGUGACUGCAAUUUGGAGGGAGAUGCAGAAAACUGAACAGAUGGACCUUAAAGAGGAAGGUGAAUUCAAGAGAGAUCCUUGACCUUAAGUAGGUAUGUUUAAAUUUUUGUUCUUAAUACUUCUCCCUCUCCUCCCUAAAUAUAAGGCCAAUAGCUGGUACAAGUUUAAUCAGAGGUGGGAUUAAAUACAGAGGUUACUUGCCCAUCUCAUCCUCCUUCCUCUUCUAACCUCUGUUCAGUGCAUGCUGGAACAACUCUUACCCACCCCUCAAGGUCCUAGCGGCAGAGUGACAUAGUGAGAAUGUUUCCAGACGGCUCUGUGGUAUAGGAACACUGUGUAGCCUGCGACCAGCAUAAGUCUCCCCUGUGACUAGACGGUGAUCACAAGUGGGAUAGCCUUUUUGGGCCUGGAGACUGAAAACAAAUGCCACCCUCAUUUGACUUUGCCUGCUCCAAGUGCUCCCUUCUCUCCUGGAACUCGCAGGCCAAGCUUUGCCAUGGCAGUGGUAACAGUGGUCAGUCCCACUCUUUGCAGAAGGGGGAAGUGAUUAGUUGAUACCAACCUUAGGGAAGCACUUUCAGCCUGGGAAGCCCAUGGAGAUUUUAUCUUUUUUUUUUUUUAAAUAAAGUUCUAGCUUCUUGGGUAGGCCCUCCAGGACACCCCUUCUGAAGUGACUUAUUUUAUGAGUAUCAUGUCCUUUUACCUCAGGCUUUGUAGCUGGUCACCUCCCAACUUGUUCUUCUCUCCUCUCCCACCCCUUCCUCUUCAAAAGACGAGCUCCCCUAGAGGAUAAUGCUUAUCCUCCACUGACUAGUGGGAUGCUUGAUAUCUUGAGGGAGAGGCAGAGCAAUCACUUUCUACUCAGAAUGAAGUGAGUCACUGUUCAUUGUUUCAGAGAGCCUCCACCUUGGGAAGCUGUUAACUAGCGAGACAAAGCCUAAAGCCAUCUUUGAGGGCAAACCGAAUGGAAGUGGGGAGAUAGAGGAUGGUCCUUCCUGAGCCAGUUGCUUAACUGCCAGAGCUCUCUGGGGAGAAAUCAUAAGUAGCUACACUAUUAAUGGCACCCCAAUUGUGAAGGAGUGUGACGUGUUGCUAGCAAAAUAUGGGGGCCUGCUUCAUUCAUGCCCAGGCCCUCUAGUAGCAUUAAAACUGCAUCUGAUUUCACUGCUCUUCAGGGAGGCAGAGAACUCUAGGCGUUCUUCAUUCCUGAGCCUGUUUUCCUCUUUCUUCAUUCCUUGUGCUCCAACUGAAAGAGGGAAGCCUAGGGCCUGAAGAGGAUUUACAUAAAUUCAUGCUAAGGAGGUAGUGAUAUCUCCUUUUUGUUGUGACCAGCAUACAAAGAUCACUGAGACUGGUGUGAUGUAUAAAAUAAAAAGUUUGUUCUAAGUUAAA